AGCUCGGGGGAAAGACAACCCCCGGCCUGCAGCAGUAAGCAGUCAUCGACCACAGAGCAUAACUAGCAGGACGUUGCAAAUGACAUUCACAGUAUCCUGAGACGUAAACGAUUUCAUGGUGCUGAUACAACAUGGAAAACUUCAGAAGAGAGGUCAACUUACGACUCAUAAGGACAUCUUUGUAGAACCAGUCUCUUGCGAGAGAGUGGACAUAUUGAUUCCCACAUGGAGACCAAUUUUGUGGGUGUCUGGAUAGAAUUCUACUUGUACUUGCAGAUUGAAAAAUGAUGCCAUCUGCACAUGGACAAAAUAUCAUCAUGGAAAAGCAGAAAUCAGUGAAUAGUGUUGCUUCAGCACAGUUGGGUGGAGAAUCAAGUACCUUCAUCUGCACAGAGUGCGGUGAUGGGUUCAGUCAGUACUCUAAUGUGCUGGCCCACAUGGCCAUUCAUGGACCCUUGGAGUCAUUUUCCUUUGAUGGCUCAUCCAAUGGCUUUGAAGUCCCCCGAGAAUAUGUGCUACAAGAAAAUGGUACAUUGACAGUUGUGAAUGGCUUGGCACAAUCACAUUCUUCUGUGAAACCAGUAUCUCCAGGAGUCCUGCCAUCACAUUACAUACCCCCUAUUAAACCAGUGUCUCCUACUUUAAGGCCACAGCUUUCCCCUUACAGAGAUGUGUUCAGGCCAAGGCCAUCUGACUUGACUUUGGACAAGUCUCGUCAGGGUCAUUACCGUUGUGAAAUAUGUAGCAGAUCAUUCAACAGCCUACAGAGUUUACAUCGUCACCAGCAGUAUCGAAACACAGAGCGAGGUUACAAGUGUACUUUGUGCUGUAAGAUCUUUGAAGGUAGACAGGACCUUAAGGAACAUCUCCAGGACCAUGUUAAUGAAAGGUUUCACUGCUGUGAUCAUUGUGGUAAGCGAUUCCUUAAAGUGGAUGCACUAAAUGCUCAUCAAAAAGAGAACCACUUCUCCCCCAAAGCUACAGCUUUGCGUAAAUCAGAGAAUAAGCAGGAAAAAAAGUUUGAGAAAACAUAUCCUUGUAGGAAGUGCAAGUUUAAUUUUUUCUGGAUGUCAGAUUUUCAGACACAUUCACUGUACCAUUGCAAAGGAAAAGAGCCUGAUGCUACUUUUGCAUCUGAAAUCGAAACUGAAGUGAACUCUAAAAACUUACAUGUACCACUUGAAAACUGCCACAGAAAUGGCACAUCUAUUGAUCUCAAGAAUGGGGAUACUAAAAUCUUUAGGGAUACUAGUGGUAACAUUGAUACAGAAUACUCUUUCACACCAUACAGGUGUGGUUUAUGUGGGGAUCGUUUCCAAAAGUUAACGGCUCUAAAAGAGCAUCAUCUCACACAUCAAACUCAGGAGGAAAUAGAUCAGCUGAAUCAAGAAUCACAAAAGACCUUUAAGCGGAGAAUGCCACCUAAAGGCAGACGUAGAAGAGGAAGUAAUCCAAAUGGCAAGCUGCAUCCUUGCAAGCACUGUCAUCGUGUAUUUAAUCAUUCUAGUAGUUUAUCUCGGCAUAUGAGAUACCAUAAGGGUACUAUGCACACAUGUGUUUUUUGUGGUAGACAUUUUCCACAGCGCUGUGAUUUGAGAAGGCAUGUAGCGAUGUACCACAAAGUUGAAUUGGAAAAGAAACCAGGUUUGAAACACUUGUAUACAGCUCCACAAAAUGGACCUAUCCCCAAUCCUCUUAAUGGUGAGAAAAACCCAAGUUCUCCUGACGAGAAAACCAAGAGCUCCUCUGACAAUGAACAAACCACAUCACCAGAGCAGACUCCAAAGGGGAAACAAUCAGGAAAAGCAGGGCGAGUUAACUACAAGUGUCAGGAAUGUGGAAAGCGAUUUGGACUGUUAUGUGUGUACCAACGGCACUUGCGGUAUCACAAAAAGGAACCUAGUAGGUGCCCCCAAUGUCCAGCUCAAUUCAGGAAUUCUUCAUCCCUUGAGCUUCACCUUCAGAAUCACCCAAGCACUGGAGAAGCAGAUGAUGUUGGACAGACUUCUCACCGCAGUGGAACCAAUGGGAACCCUGUCUCAGAAAAGGGCAAUGCAGAGGACAUAGAGGAUGACUACAUGGACCAUACUCAAAAUGAUAAAGGAAAUUCUUCAGAGGUUAUUUAUGAAUGCACAGAGUGCACUGAGACAUUUUCAUGCUUGGAGACCUUUCUUCAGCACCAGACCUCUCAUGGCUCAGAAAACAACGGGUAACUAUCAUGUCAGACCUUUAGUCAUUGUUAUUGCCAACAAUCAAGCUCUCAGGAGUUGUUUUUGACUCUUUUGAAUGCAAAUAUUUGAAUAACUGUAUAGGUUACGGAUUGAUGUAAAAUUUGUUUGUAAUGGUUACUUUCCAUAACUACUUUUAUACACUUCCUCCGUCAUGAGGAGAAAUAUUCUGUUAAUUGGCGGAUUUUAAAUCAAUGGAAGCAAGAUGUAAGGCUUGGGUGAGAAGCAUACCAAAUGACUUUUGAAUUGAUCUCACAAUAAACUUCAAAAAAAUGGACUCAACUACAACAUAUGUCUGACAUGGGUAAAAUGCAAGUUUAAAUGUAGUAUUUUUCCACAGGCUAUGGUUGUAGUUAAUUGCAGUCCCACAUAGUGUUGACUAGCUAGGAUAAUUAUAUUGCUUUUUAUUGUAUUAUUUUUUUGUGGCUACUCAUGCUGUUAUUGUCAGUUGUAAUUGCUGCAUUUUUCAUGUCUUGCAAAUAUGUUUGAGAUUUUUUUUAAUAUAUCUUGUAUAUCUGCCUUUUUAAAGGAUAGCCUUGUCACUGAGUAGAUUUUUAAUUGUGCCAUUAAAAUGUACAGAGAAAUUGA